AUGAAAAAAGUCGAAAGCUCAACUUGUGAGUCGCUGGAAAAUCCCACCGAACAGGAAAGUCACUCCUACGAUGCCAAUAGGACAAACAAUUUCCUGGAAAAGGAGGGAAGGAGCAAAAUACCCCAUGAUGAGGAUGGGGUGAACGCAGGGAGGAAUGACACUAGUAGACAUAAGUCUGAAGGGGGUGAAACGACCAGCUCCAAUAAUCCUGAUAGUAACAAUGGGCCCAAGGAUAGUACCAGCGCGGACGUGGAAGAUAAAAUAAUUAGGAAAUAUCUGAGCAAGCGGAUGAGUGACAUAGGCUUAAACCCCAUGAGAGGGAGUGAGGGUGGCGGAGAAAGUGCAGAGGAGAGGGAAAAACAAAAGGGAGACGGACAUGGGAACAGAAGCAGGGGUAGAAGUUUGGGGGAAAGUCUGGACGAAGGCGGAGAGAGACAGUCCCCAAAACGUCCAUUCGAAUCGCUUCGAGAGCACGUCACCAUCAUGAGCGACAGAAGCAGCGAGGGGGACGACGUUCCACUGCUGAAAACGCUGAACAUUGAUCACACAAAAGUGCGCGUCAAAAUGGGAGACACGACGGGAACAAGUGGCGGGGACGCUGUCGCCAAAAUUGGUGGCGCAAUUCUAAAGCAGCGCCAGACACACGAAGGGGCAGAGAAAGUAAAAAAUAUUAAACGUUCCCGCAUCAAUGGGGACAUGAAAAGUUCAAACAAAAACAAGGACGCCGAUCCUGAGUCAGAUGCAAGUAGCGAUGACGAAUAUUUAAUCAACCUUAUUAGAAGCAACGCUGGUAGUGACGAGUUCCAAAGCAGUAAAAGCCAGCAGACUUCAAAAAAAGACGCUGCGCGCCGUUUAAAUGAAAAGGUCACCAGAAAGACAAGAAUCAGUGAUGGCGAAGGGGAAGGAAGUGACUCUUCAGCAGACGACGACAGCACAUCCAGCUGCGAUUCGGAAGAACCCAUCCUUGUAAAAAGUAAACUAAAAAAUCAAACGAAUUCGCCCCAAAGGGCGCUAGGCAGUAGUACUAAUAGUCACGGCGGGCUGGUGCAGACAAUCUCCAGCACUGGUGACAGUGGCAGGGCUCAGAAUAACGGCGUACAUAACAAUGAGACCAAGCAGCUGAUAGGGAAAGGUAAAGGCAGCGCAAAUGUAGUAAUAGUUAAAAGUAGUACAACGACAAAGAAAAAGAAUGCGCCUUCGAAAGAGAAGGUAUCUUCAAAUGUUCAUGCAUCGUCUAAAACGCAUACAUCGUCUAAAACGCACGCUGCCCCAAACGGGAAGGGAAGCGCUCUGAAAAAAAAAAAAUCAAAAAAAGAUAAAGGCAAAAAAAAAAAAAAAAGCACCAAAGCUGCGAAGAAAACGGGCACCAAGGAGGGGCGACAAAAGGGCGUAGUCGCGAAAAGGAUAAAGAAAGGCAACAAACGGAGUGACCGCGCCAAAAGGAGAGACCACGUCACCCGCAAAUAUAAACAAAAACUAAAACGCAGGCACAGUAGUGACGACCUCGAAAACAGCCUGAGUCAAAGCAACGACAUCGAAACAGAUUCCAUUGUUAUAGGCACGUUUGACCCGCACAAUCGGACCCCAAAGGAAAAGCUCGUCGCACAGCUACUCAUUCGCUGGUGGUAUGUCCUACCGAACUGGCCAACGCCUGACUUCAAUUAUGAGCCAGAGUUAACCAAAAGGAAGCUGAGGUUAGUCCCCCUGGAAGAGUACGAAGAUGAAGAAGACAUUAACAAAGAAGGAUUUAGAAAGGUAUAUGAAAUCUCUGCCUUCCCGGGGGUGUUUCGAGACGCAACUGGAAAGGCAUAUGACUUAAGAGACAAAGAAUCGUGUCCAUGUUACAACAAUUUUAUAAAAAAAACAGAAUUAGAGUUGCUAGAGUUAAUAUGCCAAGCUAUAAAGAACCAAAUGGAAUCUUUAAAAAAAUCUGUGUACAAUGAAAGUGGCACAGAGAGGACUCUCGAAAGGCAGCUGAAAGAGGCAGAGGUGAAACUCAAUAGAAUUACAAAAAAAAAGGCAACAAAAACAAAAUCGGGGGAGGAACUCGAGGAGGUCCCCGAGGAGACACUCGAGGAGACAUCCGAGGUAGGGGGUGGUACAUAG